CCAUAUAACACAACAUAACUUGCUUCUUCAUAAAACGGAUGUAAACCUCCCCUUGUAAAAUGAGGCUCACUCAUUUUCGGAAAUGUUACUUGCCACAAGCGUAACAAGCGUGGUUUGUGAACUUUAUAGUUUAAAAAAUAACGGUUAUGAUUUAGAUAUGGAGGUAACAGGAAAAAAGGAUUUUAAUGAAAUCGAUGGGUUUUCUUGUAAACCUUGUGAAGAAAAUGAACUAUUGUCUCAAGCGGAUGGAUUUUGUACUGACUGUGAAGAGUAUAUGUGUACUCGUUGUUUUGAAGCACAUAAAAAAUUUAAGCUAAAUCGAGGUCAUACUCUGGCUGGUUCUGACGAGGUUCAUACAAAGUGGCCACGCAAUGAUGAUUUAGAAAAAUGUGAAAAACACCGAAGUGAGAUCGUAAGGUUUUAUUGCGUAGAACACGAGCAAGUUGGCUGUGGGGAUUGCAUGAUUCUUGAGCACAAAACUUGCAAUGUCGAGUACAUUGAGGACAAGGCUAAAGCAUUUAAAGACAGUAGCGAGUGUCAAGCCUUUAUCAAAGGACCUGCAAUGUAUCAAAAGGAAGCAAAACAACUAAUGGCAUCAAUCGAGCAUAACAAAAUUAAAGCUUUUGAUAUCAGUGAAAAAUUCAAACAAGAUGUUAACAGUUUUAGAGAAGAAAUAAUUUCUCAUGUCAAAAAGGUUUCGCACCUAAUAGUUGGAGACAGCCACGCUUUAAUGGAAACGAACAUUUUGUGUAUGGAUAAUUUAGCAGUCGAAACAGAAACUCAUGUGGAUGAAUUAAAUUGCCUAUCCAAGCUAGUUGAGGCAAAGUUAGAAAAGCCUAAUCAGCUUUUUGUUUGCUCAGUGUUACAAAAACAUAAGCUUAAGCGCUUGAAAGAACAACUAGAUGACAUCAAGAGAAGAAAUAGAAUUGAGGAUUAUAGGUUUAUAAGAAAUAAUAAGUUAAACCUUAUGAGCGUAACAAAAGGUACCGGAGAAUUUGGCUUUAUAAGGAAGACGACGGAGGGAAAUCAAACAGACCACAUGGGCCGACAUAAAGAGAAAGUAUCUGUGCAAUCAUCCGUUCCAGUUCCGCAAAUAAAGUCGAUUUCACAACCUUUGCAAGACAGACAAUUGAUUUGCAGAAAUAUUACCGUGAAUGGAGCAUGUUUGACGUACACUGGCAAUGGGAAAGGCGAUGUUGGAUUGUAUGUUCAUAAAGUUCCUCUACGUUUGGGAAGCUUAUUUGAAGUUGAGAUAUUGAGUUUAGGGCAGGAUGGGACCAUUGCUUUAGGUGUUGUGCCGACAAAUUACCCAGGGAAUAAGCAGCCAGGAUGGGAGGCGAAUUCAGCAGGAUACAGUGCUUCUGUAGGACUAAUGGUCGGAGGAAAAAGACGCGAAAAACCACAUGAACAUCGAUUUCUUGUUGGUGAAAGAAUAGGAUUUAUAAUAACGGAACGUUCCAUCGUUGGAUCAAAUCCCGAUCUUUCUGUUGUAUUUACAAAAGAUGGAAGAGAGAUUGGUCAAGCGGUGGUACAUUCAUAUGAUAAGUUGUAUGCUGCUGUUGGAAUGCUUUCUCCAGGGGGAAAAGUUAAAAUCGUUAAAUUUAAUCAAAUUUGAGAAUCAUCGUUAAAGGCCUAUUUUGGCUCAAAAAUGCUGUCUUUUUUAUAUCUCAAAUACUGUUUAUUUUUGUUAUAUUGUUACAUUUUCCAAAAAGCAUACUCAUUUUGAACGGAAGUCAAAUACUUCUUUGUUUACAUUUUGCUUCCUUUACGAUACAUAACUGCAUGUUCAGCACUACAUUUAUCAGUUGUAAAAUAUCUAACGUGCGCUAAAUCCAUUUUAAACACAUACUUGACAUUUCUAAAGAAUUGAAAAAAUAUUGAUAUCUGAGGCAUAAUGUGCCAUUAAUGCAAUGUUCAUCAAAAACAUAUAUUCAAUUGUGUUUAGGUUUUUAAAAAUGUAUCUCAAUGCACUUCACAUAAAAUAAAAUUGUUCAUAUAUAGUGUAAUUUCUUGUAGAAUUUAAUGCUUUGCAUCAUUUUGAAGUUAACGCGUGUAAAGUGCAGGGAAUUAUUGUAACCAUUAAUGAUAUAUUAUAUAUUCUUAGAACAACAGACGAAAUGGAAAUAAAUGCAGUUUCAAAACCUACAUUG